AUGGGGUCACUUAAAGAAUGGUUUAUUGCGGCAGUUUGUGGGGAAGAAUUUGAUGAAAUCCGAUAUGAUGACUUAAGAGAGCUCUUCUUUAUUGACCGUGGAGGUUUCGGAGAAGUAUAUUCGGCAAAUUGUGUAUCUAUUAACAAAACUGUUGCAGUAAAAAAGAUCUUUCAAUCCUAUCUCGAGAAACAAGACGUCUUUGAUGCUUUUAUUAAAGAAUUAAAAUUACAUAAACAACUUGGUGAUAGCAACAGGAUUAUCAAUUUUCUUGGCAUCAGUAAAGACCCAAAUGAUGGAAGUCACUUAAUUGUGAUGGAAUUUGCUGAUAGUGGCAGUUUACAGCAGUUUCUAAAUAGAGAGAGAAACAAUUUACAAUGGACUGAGAAGCUUUCUCUUGCCCAACAGUUAGCUGAAGGAGUGGCCUAUAUUCAUAGCAAGGAUAUAGUACACCGUGCUCGAGAAUCACCAAUUUCCAAUACGCCUAUUAAAUAUAUGAAGCUCUAUAAAAGAUGCUGGGAGACAGAGCCAGAGUUGAGACCAGAUAUUAGCGAAAUUGUAGUCCGUCUAAGCACGAUGCGCCUGGAGCCAGUAUAUGGCCCGUUAUUACCGGUAAACAACAGACAUGUGAAAACACUUUCGCCGCCUAUAAAUAUGGGACAUCAUUCGACAUUAAUUUUUGAUGAGAAUCUUGCGAUUCCAUGUACACCGAAUAACAAAAAGUCUCCGGAUGAUGUUAAUUGUGAGCGUUGUGGACAAAAAUUCACCAAUGAAUGGUGCAAGAAUUGUGAAUGUAAACGUUUUCGGAAAAAUUUUGACUAUUGGACGAGUGGCAAUAAACAGCUUAAUGAAUUAAUUAAGAAGUCACAACUUGAAGCAACGUACACGUCUAAUUAUAUUGAAUGGAUAGAAAACGAUCAACUAGAAGAUAUAGAAAACAUUGUAAAAGGCAGACUUUCCACGGUUAAAUCAGCAGUAUGGCGCAAUGGUCCUCGUGAAGUAUGGGAUGAAGAAACGGGUCAAUGGGAAAGAGCCUCUAAAACUAAAGUGGCCAUAAAGUAUUUAAAAACGUCUGGUUCGGACUUUCAAACGUUUCUGAAUGAAGUUAAAUUACAUGUAUGUUGUGAUAAAGUCAUUCGAUGCUAUGGGAUCACAAAAGAUUAUCAAACUGGCGAAUACGGUACCGAAUUAUUGGGAAUAAUUACAGCAUGGAACUAUAGUUUUAGGGAUAAAGAUCAAUUUGAUUCUGCUAAUAGAAAAGUACGGGGAUUCAAAAAACGUCCUUUUACUACGAACGACAAACUUUAUUACACAUCUAAAGCACUUUCAACUAAACUCAUUUCAAAGUUAAAGCAUCAAAGUGUUAAAUAUGAAUCUAUUGAGUAUAAGUUUGAUCAAAACUAUCUUAUAGUAAAAGGUGAAAAUGUCGAUUUUACUGAGCUUCAAAACGAUAAAGACGAUAACGACGAUCCUAUGGAAAAAA